AGCCUACAGUUACGUCAUCAAAGAUUUUAACAUCAUAUAAAUUCUUUCCGACUACUAAGAUGUCCUCAGAAGGUUAAAAGCGUCCUAAUAUGACACUUUUAACCCCAAAACGAAGCUUUUAUCCGCUUUACCGAGCGUGAUUAAAACGAACCCGGAAACACCCGGCAGUGAACGCUCUCGUUUUUCUUGGACCCGUUGGACCUUUCCGUUCCGUCGCGAGCUCUCAGCAGUUAUCGCCUCACGAGGGUGAACCAGCCCAGUCUUGUCAGCGCGCGACGGCGGUGGUUGAAGAUGGCGCUAGCUGGAUGGAAAUCCUAAUGACUGUCUCCAAAUUUGCCUCUUUUUGUACCAUGGGCGCCAAUGCCUCUGCUCUGGAGAAAGAGAUUGGAUCUGAGCAGUUUCCGGUCAAUGAGCACUACUUUGGCCUGGUCAAUUUUGGAAACACCUGCUAUUGCAACUCGGUGCUGCAGGCUCUGUACUUCUGCCGACCGUUUCGGGAGAAGAUCUUGGCCUACCGCAGUCAGCCUCGGCGGAAGGAGAACCUGCUCACCUGCCUGGCCGACCUAUUUCACAGUAUCGCCAACCAGAAGAGGAAAGUGGGCGUCAUACCACCCAAGAAGUUCAUCACACGGCUUCGCAAAGAGAAUGAGCUGUUUGACAAUUACAUGCAGCAGGAUGCUCACGAGUUCCUAAACUACCUGCUCAACACCAUCGCGGAUCUGCUUCAGGAGGAGAGAAAGCAGGACAAGACCAACGGCCGCCUUGCCAACGGCACUUUGGACUCUCAGAACAACAACAGCAACGCCACGCCCGCUUCCACCUGGGUCCACGAGAUCUUCCAAGGCACUCUGACCAAUGAGACACGCUGCCUCACCUGUGAAACGAUAAGCAGCAAAGAUGAGGACUUUCUGGACCUUUCUGUGGAUGUAGAACAGAAUACCUCCAUCACACACUGCCUCAGAGGUUUCAGUAACACAGAGACACUGUGCAGUGAGUACAAAUACUACUGUGAAGAAUGUAGAAGCAAGCAGGAGGCACACAAGAGGAUGCGUGUUAAGAAGCUGCCGAUGAUCUUGGCUUUGCACCUGAAGCGCUUUAAGUACAUGGAGCAGCUGCAGCGCUACACCAAGCUGUCCUAUCGCGUCGUCUUCCCCCUGGAGCUCCGCCUCUUCAACACCUCCGGGGACGCCACCAAUCCCGAGAGGCUCUACGACCUGGUCGCCGUGGUGGUGCAUUGUGGGAGUGGUCCAAACAGGGGUCACUACAUUGCCAUUGUGAAAAGUCAUGACUUCUGGUUGCUGUUUGAUGAUGAUAUUGUAGAGAAAAUUGAUGCACAGGCCAUAGAAGAAUUCUACGGUCUCACUUCUGAAAUCUCCAAGAACUCUGAGUCAGGCUACAUCCUCUUUUACCAGUCCAGGGACUAAACGUGGAGCAGAGCGUUUCACCACAGAAACACGGAGAAAUGCUCUGUUCCUUCUUUACGGGGAGCAGCGGACCAUAAACGCACCACAGCAGCCCGCAUGGUGUCACACCUGCCCGAACAGCUGUAGUUCAUCAUACUUGUGCUUUUUACGCGCUCAGCGCUGCAGCUCAGCCGUGGAAGUCCUCCCCACCCCCCACACACCCCUCCCCUUACUUACCAGCUGUCCCUCCAUGUCCCUCCAUGUCCUUCCUCCAUGUCCUUCCUCCCUCCUCAUCCCCUUCACUCUGGCCGGACGCCGCUGCUGCCGCCGGAACAAUGAGACGAUAAUGAAUGAAAAAACUGUCAAGAUUGUUUUUCAAAAGACGCUGAAUGAGGGUUGUACAGAUAUCGGUUGGUCGUUAGGUUUUUCUUUGGGUGCGGGGUUGAAUGGGUAUUUAAUAAUUCAUAUGAUGUAACAUCGACCCGGUGUCUUCACCCCCCCCACACACACACACUGUUAUUCUGCACUGGGAUUUACCGAGAGCGGAUCACGUGUUUGAUCAGAAAAGGAGGACGGUGUGGGGGGCACGCUGGGUUGUGUAUUUCUACAGUGUACAGAAUGGUAUUUGUAUAAAUAUUACAAGAAGAUAAUAUUAUCAUUGGAAAUUGUUAGACCUUGAGAAAGAUGUAUUAACACUAUGGUGCACUUUUGAUACCGUUUUGUAGGUGUUGGCAAGUUUUAAUGUGAGGGUUUGCUUGAAAAAAAGGCCUGUUGUAAAGCGAUCAUUUUCUGUUUUAAAGAAAAAGAAAUAAAGCCAGUUAAGAUUGA